AUGUUUGUAUUCGACUUCCUCCUAACGGGAGUUGGAGUUAAUCUGGGGUCUCCCCAGUAUCUGGAGUACAAUACGGGAGAGGAGAGUAUCUGGAUCUUCUGGAAACCACCAAGGAUUGGAGCCGCUUGCAUCAAAGGAUAUUUUGUUUCUUGGGAAAGUUCGAGUGAACAGACAGUGUACCUGGAGGGAAACCAUGUAAAUGAAUUUCAGAUAACCGGUUUAUCAGCUUGUACUGUUUAUACACUCAGUAUAAUAGCUUACUCAGCUGACUGGGGGGUGGUAACCAAUAGUACUGCAGCUACUGUACAAGUAUCCACAGCAGCAGGCAUCCCUGGACCGGUUUCAAAUGUACACAAACAAUCAUCUGACGAUCUGAUUCUAGUGAUGUGCUGGAAUCCACCUUCUCAGUUUCCAAACUGUGUAAAAGAUUACUCUGUAGAAAUAUCAUCAAUGAUACAGUUCAAUAAAACAACAACAUCAACAUCAAUGAUACAGUUCAAUAAAACAACAUCAACAAGUACGCGCCAACAGUUAGAUGAGAUUUGUCGGGCAUAUGAAGUACAGGAUUGCUCUACAAUGUACAGAUUCUGCAUAUCUCCUGAGAGUGUAAGUGGAAGACGAGGACCAGCAACAUGUGUAGAUAAUAUAGAGUCCGCUCAAUGUAAACUUAAAAAUGAUUUGUAAUUAAGAUUUAUUUCUUUUA